CGUUACGUUCUGAGGAAAACCCCGGAAGCCGCUGCGCCGCGCGCACCUUUAGCAAAGCGCGCUUCUCUCCCUCAGCGUUUUGGAGCCGCCCGGGCAAGCCCGAGAGGUUGACAGAUGAGGAAACUCUGGCUCAGAGAGAGUUGUCCUUCCUGUUCUCUCGUCUUGACGUGAGGAUGCUCAGGCCGCCGCCGAGACAGGUGGACGGGCCGCUGAGAGUGAACGGGCUUUCGCAGGGUCUGAGGGCUUCCCCAACCUAAAGUGCCCUGAACCGACUCUUCUGGAAGCAUCUCUGGAGCUUGAGGACACACAAGUCACGAGGGUCCAGUCAGAAUGUACAACAUGAGUGACGUGGAUUGCUCAUCUCAAAAGAUCCCCAAAAGCGACUCGAUACAUCACAUGAGCCACUCGCAGAUGCGGCCAGAGCUGCCCCCUCUGCCUCCUUCUGCUCACGAGGAACCAUCUGAACUCUACCAGAUGGUCAUGUCGCAUAGCUUUCAUCCCCCCUUGAUGCAACGCACAUCGUGGACCCUGGCUGUACCCUUCAAGGAGCAGCAGCACCACCGCGGGCCCAGCGACUCCAUUGCCAACAAUUACUCCUUGAUGGCCCAAGACCUGAAGCUCAAGGACCUGGUGAAGGUCUACCAGCCGGUCACCAUCAGCGUCCGUAAGGAAAGAGCCAUUCAGGGGCUGUUCUCAGCAACUAAAAGCUCCACAAAGCCCAACAAGAAGAAAAUGAGGUUCUCCCCUGGCGACAAAGAGGAUGCCGCUGGGACCAAGUUCGCCCACAACAUCUUAGCCGAGAAGGAGGCAGUGACCUUUUCCACCCCUCCGGGAAGCAGACCCAUGAGUCCAGAGGAACAGAUGAAUGUGAUGUUACAGGAGGAGAUGGAAAUUGAAAGUAAAGAGCCCAAGCCAUCCGAAUCAGACUUGGAGAGGUACUAUUACUAUUUGACCAACGGCAUCCGAAAAGACAUGAUUGCCCCUGAAGAGGAGGAAGUGAUGGCUCGGAUUUCAAAGCUGAUUUCUAACACGCUGCUGACAAGUCCCUCCCUGAAGCCCCUGGUGAACGUCCUGGUGGAAGAGAAGGGAAGUGACUAUUACAGUAGCCUCAUGAAAAGCAUUGUUGAUUACAUCCUCAUGGACCCAGCGGAGAGAAAGAGACUUUUCAUCGACAGUGUGCCCCGCGCGUUUCCGCAAAGAGUGAUCCGGGCCCCUGUGCCCUGGCACAGCAUUUACCGGGGUGCCAGGCAGUGGAAUGAGGAGCACCUGCACACGGUCAACCCCAUGAUGCGCAGCCUGGAGGAGCUGUGGUUUGCAGAAUUUAGAGACCUCCGGUUUGUGCGAACAGAGGAGUUACUUGCGGGACAGUUGCCUCUGCAGUCUCAUGAGUAUAGAGAUGUGAUCCAGAAACACUGCAUGGAAACACGCCAGACUCUUCUCAACAAGUGGAUCCCUGCCUGUGCCCAGCUUUUUGUCUCACGGAAGGAGCAGUGGGUGCAUUUUGCUCCCAAGAGCGACUACGACUCCUCUCGUAACAUUGAGGAAUACUUUGCUUCUGUUGCGUCCUUCAUGUCACUCCAGCUCAGAAAGCUAGUCAUUAAGUCUCUCAAGGACCUUGUUUCCUUUUUCAUGAUAUACAAGGAUGGGAACGAUUUCGAGGAGCCUUACCGAGAGAUGGAGUUCUUCAUACCUCAGCUGAUCAUAGUCAAACUUGAAGUCAAUGAGCCCGUUAUUGUCUUCAAUCCAUCUUUUGAUGACUGCUGGGAUUUAAUCCACAACUCUUUCUUGGAAAUUAUUAAGAACUCUGAGGGGAUCCCCAAGGUGGAAUCUGUCCUGUUCUCAGAGUUGAAAGGAUGUAACCUGAUUCUUCGAACCGUUAGCCCUGAAGAAAAACUGGUUUCUGAUUUUGUGGAGCAAGCUUUCGCGGUAUUUCAGAAAAACCACGUGGGUCCCCACAAAUACUUAAAGGUAUACAAAAAAUAUGAUGACUUAUUGGAUAACACGGCAGAGCAAAACGUCACUGCGUUCUUGAAAGAAAAUCAUGAAAUUGAGGAUUUUGUAACGAGGAUCAACAGCAUAAAAGCUCGGAGACAUGAGAUUGCGUCCAUGCACAUUUCCGUGCCAUUGGCCAUGUUCUGCCUUGAUGCCAUGCUUCUAAAUUAUGACCUCUGUGAGCGAGCCCAAAAUCUGAAUGACCGUCUGAUUGAUUUCCAAGUGGAUAUAAACCGGGACGCCAAUACCAGCAUCUGCAACCAGUACAGCAGCAUCGCGGACAAGAUCAGUGAGAUUCCCACCAACACGGAGGAGCUGGUGUCGCUCAUUAAAUUCUUAAAGAAAUCCAGCGAUGUCACGGUGUUCAAACUCCGGAGGCAGCUGAGAGAUGCGAUUGAACGGCUGGAGUUCCUCAUGGAUUAUGCAGUCCUGCCCCAAGAGGAUAUCAAAUUGAACAGCACCUUGCUCCUCUGGCCAGACCAGAUUGAAGAUAUCUUUGAAAACAGCCGAAACCUGCUCUAUAGCAAGAGAGAUCAGGCGGAGAUGGACCUCAUGAAAAGGUGCUCAGAGUUCGAAUUGAAAGUCGAGGGCUACAGCAAGCUACUGGAGGGUUUUAGGAAACGCGAAGUGAUGACUACAGAAGAAAUGAAACACAACGUGGAAAAGCUUCACGAGCUGUCCAAGAACCUCGACCUGGCACUCGUGGAGUUUGAGUUGAUCAACAAGGAGGAGGACCUGCUGGAAAAGGAGAAGAGCGCCUUCCCUCUGCUGCAAACCGUGAUGACCAACAAAGCGCCCUACGAGCAGCUGUGGGUGACGACGUACGAGUUCAGCAUCAAGUCAGAGGAGUGGAUGAACGGACCCCUCUUUUUACUGAAUGCUGAGGAAAUCGCCGAGGAAAUAGCGACCAUGUGGCGGACGAUAUAUAAAUUGACCAAGACCUUCGCCGACGUGCCUGCGCCCAGACGCUUAGUAGAAAACGUGAAGAUGAAGAUUGAGAAGUUCAAGCAGCACAUCCCAAUCCUCAGCAUUUCCUGCAACCCAGGGAUGAGAGACCGGCACUGGCAGCAGGUCCUGAAAUGCCCCCGCAGCCCGCCCAGCCCGCUGGAGCCCAUUGGGGCAGCUGCCAGCAAGGAGUACUCUCUGGAGAAGAACCUGGAGAAAAUGAAGCUAGACUGGGUGAACCUGACGUUCAACUUCGCGAAGUACAGGGACACGGAUACAAGCAUCUUGUGUGCAGUCGAUGACAUCCAACUGCUGCUUGACGAUCACGUGAUCAAGACCCAGACCAUGUGUGGGUCCCCAUUCAUCAAACCCGUGGAAGCAGAAUGCCGGAAGUGGGAAGAAAAGCUAGUCCGAGUGCAGGAAAAUUUGGAUGCCUGGCUGAAAUGCCAAGCCACCUGGCUGUACCUGGAGCCGAUCUUCAGUUCAGAGGAUAUCAGAGCCCAGAUGCCAGAAGAGGGCAGGAAAUUCGCCAUCGUUGAUGGUUCCUGGAAAUCAAUCAUGUCCCAAGCGGUGAAAGAUGCCAGGGUCCUGAUGGCCGCAGACCAGCCACGGAUGGCCGAGAAGCUUCAAGACGCGAACUCUCUGUUGGAGGAGAUCCAGAAGGGGCUAAAUGAUUACCUGGAGAAGAAGAGACUCUUUUUCCCCAGGUUCUUCUUCCUGUCAAAUGAUGAGCUGCUGGAGAUCUUGUCAGAAACCAAGGACCCCCUCCGAGUGCAGCCACACUUGAAGAAGUGCUUUGAAGGAAUCGCCAAGCUGGAGUUCACGGACACUCUGGAGAUCGUGGGCAUGAUCAGCUCGGAAAAAGAAACUGUUCCAUUCCAAGAGAAAAUCUACCCGGCUCAAGCCAAAGGCAUGGUGGAGAAGUGGCUCCAGCAGGUGGAGCAGAUGAUGCUCAUGAGCAUGCGGGAAGUUAUUAGACUUGGGAUCAAAGCAUACGUCCAGGUUCCUCGUAAUCACUGGGUCUUACAGUGGCCUGGCCAGGUGGUCAUCUGUGUCUCCUCCAUCUUUUGGACCCAGGAGGUGUGCCAAGCCUUGGUGGAACAGACCCUACUGGAUUUCCUGAAAAAGAGCAAUGACCAGAUUGCACAGAUUGUCCAGCUGGUGCGAGGGAGGCUGAGCAGCGGGGCACGCCUCACCCUUGGGGCCCUCACGGUCAUCGACGUCCAUGCUCGCGACGUAGUGGCCAAGCUGUCCGAGGACGGUGUGUGUGACCUGAACGAUUUCCAGUGGAUCUCGCAGCUGCGCUAUUACUGGGAGGCCACGGAUGUGCAGGUGCAGAUGAUCACGACAGAGGUCCUGUAUGGCUACGAGUACCUGGGCAACUCGCCCCGCCUGGUCAUCACGCCCCUCACCGACCGCUGCUACAGGACUCUGAUGGGGGCUUUGAAGCUGAAUCUUGGGGGAGCUCCAGAGGGUCCAGCUGGGACAGGAAAGACAGAAACCACCAAAGAUCUGGCCAAAGCUUUAGCUAAGCAGUGUGUGGUCUUCAACUGCUCAGAUGGCCUGGAUUACAAAGCCAUGGGGAAGUUCUUCAAGGGACUGGCCCAGGCUGGAGCAUGGGCCUGCUUUGAUGAGUUCAACAGGAUUGAGGUAGAGGUGCUGUCCGUAGUGGCCCAGCAGAUUCUCAGCAUCCAACAAGCCAUCAUCCGGAAGCUGAAGGUGUUCAUCUUUGAAGGCACCGAGCUCUCUCUGAACCCAACCUGCGCCGUCUUCAUCACCAUGAACCCUGGGUAUGCUGGCAGGGCGGAGCUACCCGACAACCUCAAGGCCUUGUUCCGGACAGUGGCCAUGAUGGUGCCAGAUUACGCCCUCAUUGGAGAAAUCUCUCUCUAUUCCAUGGGGUUUCUGGACUCCAGGAGUCUUGCCCAGAAGAUUGUGGCGACCUACCGCCUAUGCUCAGAGCAGCUGUCCUCCCAACAUCACUAUGACUACGGCAUGCGAGCCGUCAAGUCUGUGCUCACGGCCGCUGGCAACCUAAAGCUCAAGUACCCCGACGAGAAUGAGAGCGUCCUGCUGCUCCGGGCCCUGCUAGAUGUCAACCUGGCCAAGUUCUUGGCUCAAGAUGUGCCUCUGUUUCAGGGAAUUAUAUCCGAUUUGUUUCCUGGAGUUGUUCUUCCAAAGCCAGAUUACGAAGUUUUUGUGGAUGCGCUGAAUGAGAACAUCAAAAAGAUGAAGCUCCAGCCAGUACCUUGGUUUAUUGGGAAAAUUAUCCAGAUCUACGAGAUGAUGCUGGUAAGACAUGGCUACAUGAUUGUCGGAGACCCCAUGGGUGGCAAGACCUGUGCUUAUAAAGUAUUGGCUGCAGCUCUGGGUGAUUUAAACCAAGCCAACCAGAUGGAGGAAUUCGCCGUGGAGUACAAGAUUAUCAACCCCAAGGCCAUCACCAUGGGGCAGCUGUAUGGGUGCUUUGACCCCGUGAGCCAUGAAUGGACGGACGGCGUCCUCGCCAACACCUUCCGGGAGCAAGCGUCUUCAGUGUCUGAGGAGCACAAGUGGAUUGUAUUUGAUGGGCCAGUGGAUGCUGUGUGGAUCGAGAACAUGAACACUGUUCUGGAUGACAAUAAAAAGUUGUGUUUGAUGAGUGGGGAGAUUAUCCAGAUGAGCCCCAAGAUGAGUCUGAUCUUCGAGCCGGCCGACCUGGAGCAGGCGUCCCCUGCCACCGUGAGCAGGUGCGGGAUGAUCUACAUGGAGUCCCAUCAGCUGGGCUGGAAGCCCCUGAAGGAUUCGUACAUGGACACCCUGCCCUCCAGCCUCACUGAGAAGCACAGGGAACUGGUCAAUGACAUGUUCAUGUGGCUGGUCCAGCCCUCCCUGGAGUUCAUUCGCCUUCAGUGUAAAUUUGUGGUGCAAACAUCCCCCACCCACCUUGCCUUCUCCAUGAUGAGACUGUACUCCUCUCUGCUUGAUGAAAUCAGGGAAAUAAAAGAUGACAGUGAAUCACCUGAAGGUCUGACCAGCCAACAGGUCUUCCUCUGGCUUCAGGGCCUGUUCCUCUUUGCCUUGGUGUGGACAGUGUCCAGUACUAUCAACACAGACGGCAGGAGGAAAUUCGACCUCUUCUUCCGCAACCUGAUCAUGGGCCUGGAUGAUAACAACCCAAGGCCCAAAAGCGUCAAACUCACCAAAAACAACAUCUUUCCAGAAAGAGGCAGCAUCUACGAUUUUUAUUUCCUCAAGCAAGGCAGUGGACAUUGGGGCACAUGGACAGAGUAUAUCACCAAAGAGGAAGAAACUAUCCCAAUUAAUGCGAAGGUCUCAGAACUCAUCAUCCCCACCGUGGAGACGGCCCGACAGUCCUUCUUCCUAAAAACCUACGUGGACCAUGAGAUUCCAAUGCUGUUUGUGGGACCCACCGGCACGGGCAAAUCAGCCAUCACCAACAACUUCCUUCUCCACCUUCCCAAAAAUACCUACCUGCCCAGCUUCAUCAAUUUCUCCGCCAGGACCUCCGCCAACCAGACGCAGGAUAUCAUCAUGUCCAAGCUGGAUCGACGGCGGAAGGGCCUCUUUGGGCCUCCCAUCGGGAGGAAGGCAGUGGUAUUUGUGGAUGACCUCAACAUGCCAGCCAAAGAGGUGUAUGGGGCCCAGCCCCCCAUCGAGCUCCUGAGGCAAUGGGUUGACCACGGUUACUGGUUUGACAAGAAGGACACCACCAAGCUGGACAUCGUGGAUGUGCUGCUGGUGACAGCCAUGGGCCCCCCCGGUGGAGGAAGGAAUGACAUUACUGGACGAUUCACUCGCCAUCUGAAUAUCAUCUCCAUCCACGCCUUUGAGGAUGACAUUUUAACCAAGAUUUUCAGUUCGAUUGCUGACUGGCAUUUUGGGAAAGGGUUUGACGUGAUGUUCCUCAGGUUUGGAAGGAUGCUGGUACAGGCUACGAUGACGAUUUAUAAAGCUGCAGUGGAGAACUUCUUGCCAACUCCCUCCAAGUCACAUUAUGUCUUUAACCUGCGGGACUUCGCACGAGUGAUCCAAGGGGUACUGCUCUGCCCUCACACCCACCUACAGGACUUCGAAAAACUUAUCCGGCUUUGGAUCCACGAGAUUUAUCGGGUCUUCUAUGACCGUCUGAUUGACGACGAGGACAGACAGGUCUUCUUCAACAUGAUGAAGGAAACCACUUCCAGUUGCUUCAAGCAGACCGUGGAGAAGGUCCUUGUCCACCUGUCGCCCACGGGAAAGAUCGUUGAUGACAACGUCCGUAGCCUCUUCUUUGGAGAUUACUUCAAACCAGAAAGUGACCCGAAAAUCUACGAUGAGAUCACUGACCUGAAGCAGCUGACAGUGGUCAUGGAGUACUACCUGGAAGAGUUCAACAAUGUCAGCAAGGCCCCCAUGUCCUUGGUCAUGUUCAGGUUCGCCAUUGAGCACAUCUCCAGGAUCUGCAGGGUCCUGAAGCAGAACAAAGGCCACCUGCUCCUGGUGGGCAUUGGGGGCAGCGGGCGGCAGAGCGCCAGCAAACUGUCCGCGUUCAUGAAUGCGUACGAGCUGUACCAGAUUGAGAUCACCAAGAGCUACUCGGGCAGUGAGUGGCGGGAGGACCUGAAGAAGGUCAUGCUGCAGGUGGGCGUGGCCACCAAGAGCACCGUGUUCCUCUUCGCUGACAACCAGAUCCAGGACGAGUCCUUCAUCGAGGACAUCAACAUGCUUCUAAACACGGGCGACGUGCCCAACAUCUUCCCUGCCGACGAGAAGGCCGACCUGGUGGAGAAGAUGCAGACGGCUGCCAGGACCGAGGGUAGGAAGAUCGAAGUCACGCCUCUUUCGAUGUACAACUUCUUCAUCGAGAGGGUGAAAAAGAACCUGCACAUUGUCCUUGCCAUGAGCCCAGUUGGGGACGCCUUUCGGAACCGCCUGCGGAUGUUCCCUUCCCUGAUCAAUUGCUGUACGAUCGAUUGGUUCCAGUCCUGGCCCACAGACGCCCUGGAGUUGGUAGCUAACAAGUUUCUGGAAGAUGUGGAGCUGGAUGACCAUAUUCGGUCAGAGGUCAUCUCCAUGUGCAAGUAUUUCCAGGAGAGUGUGAAGGAGCUGUCGCUGGAUUAUUACAACACGCUCCGCAGACACAAUUACGUCACCCCCACCUCAUACCUUGAGUUGAUCCUCACCUUCAAGACGCUGUUGCAGAGGAAGAGGCAGGAGGUUGAUACAAUGAGGAACCGCUACCUGACGGGCCUGCAGAAACUCAGCUUCGCAGCUUCCCAGGUGGCAGUCAUGCAAGUCGAGCUGACCGCCCUCCAACCCCAGCUCAUCCUCACCUCUGAGGAGACCGCCAAGAUGAUGGUGAAAAUUGAAAAGGAAACGAAAGAAGCCGAUGCCAAGAAGCUCCUGGUGCAGGCCGAUGAAAAAGAAGCCAACGCUGCCGCUGCUAUUGCUCAAGGAAUCAAGAACGAAUGUGAGGGGGACCUGGCCGAGGCGAUGCCGGCCCUGGAAGCUGCUCUCGCGGCCCUCGACACCCUGAACCCGACCGACAUCUCACUGGUGAAGUCGAUGCAGAACCCCCCAGGCCCUGUCAAGCUGGUCAUGGAGAGCAUCUGUGUCAUGAAAGGGCUGAGACCCGAGAGGAAGCCGGACCCCAGCGGCACCGGUAAAAUGAUAGAAGAUUACUGGGGGUUAUCGAGAAAGAUCCUUGGCGAUCUGAAAUUCCUGGAGAGCCUUAAGACGUAUGACAAGGACAACAUCCCCGCAGUGGUCAUGAAGCGGAUCCGGGAAAAGUUUAUCGACCACCCAGACUUCCAGCCGGCCAUCAUUAAAAAUGUGUCGUCUGCCUGCGAGGGUCUGUGCAAGUGGGUGAGGGCCAUGGAGGUGUACGACCGCGUGGCCAAAGUGGUGGCCCCCAAGCGGGAGCGGCUGAAGGAGGCCGAGGGCAAGCUGGACACACAGAUGCAGAAGCUGAACCAGAAGCGAGCCGAGCUGAAGCUGGUGGAAGACCGGCUCCAGGCCCUGAACGAUGACUUUGAGGAGAUGAACACCAAGAAAAUGACCUUGGAGGAGAAUAUCACUGUCUGCUCCCAGAAGCUGAUCCGGGCCGAGAAGCUCAUCAGCGGUCUCGGGGGUGAGAAGGACAGAUGGACGGAAGCCGCCCGGGGGCUGGAGGUCUGCUAUACUAACCUGACGGGCGAUGUGCUGGUGUCCUCGGGGACCGUGGCUUACCUGGGGGCCUUUACGGUAGAUUACCGGGCCAACUGCCAAAAUCAGUGGCUGGCCCAGUGUAAGGACAGAGCCAUCCCCGGCUCCCACGACUUCAGCCUCAGCAGCACGUUAGGGGAUCCCGUAAAGAUCCGGGCCUGGCAGAUCGCCGGGCUGCCCAUCGACUCCUUCUCCAUUGACAAUGGCAUCAUCGUGUCCAACUCCAGACGCUGGGCCUUGAUGAUCGACCCUCAGGGUCAGGCCAAUAAGUGGGUCAAGAACAUGGAGAAAGCGAAUAAGCUGUCCAUCAUCAAGUUCUCGGACACCAGCUAUGUGACGACGCUAGAAAAUGCCCUGCAGUUUGGCACCCCCGUCUUACUGGAGAACGUUGGCGAAGAGCUGGACGCCUUUAUCGAGCCCAUCUUGCUCAAGUCCACAUUCAAGCAGCAAGGCAUCGAGUACAUGAGGCUGGGCGAGAACAUCAUCGAAUACUCCAAGGAUUUUAAGUUGUACAUCACCACCCGUUUGAGGAACCCACAUUACCUCCCCGAGGUCGCCGUGAAAGUCUGCCUCCUCAACUUCAUGAUCACCCCCUUGGGCCUCCAAGACCAACUCCUUGGCCUCGUGGCCGCCAAGGAGAAGCCCGAGCUGGAAGAGAAAAAGAACAAGCUGAUAGUGGAAAGCGCCAGGAACAAGCAGCAGCUGAAAGAGAUCGAAGAUAAGAUCUUGGAGGUCCUGUCCCUGUCCCAGGGCAACAUCCUGGAGGACGAGACAGCCAUCAAAGCUUUGUCCUCCUCCAAAAAGCUGUCGAAAGAAAUCUCAGAGAAGCAGGAAAUCGCUUCGGUGACAGAAAUGCAGAUUGACCAGACUCGGAUGGGCUACAAGCCGGUGGCUGUCCACUCGGCCACCAUCUUCUUCUGCAUCUCCGACCUGGCCCACAUCGAGCCCAUGUACCAGUACUCCCUCACCUGGUUCCUGAACCUCUACGUGCUCUCGCUGGCCCACAGCCAGAAGAGCGAGCAGCUGGAGAGACGCAUCGAGUACAUCAUGGAGCAUUUCACCCUCAGCGUCUACAACAACAUCUGCCGCUCUCUGUUCGAGAAGGACAAGCUGCUCUUCUCCCUCCUGCUGACCAUCGGCAUCUUGAAAGAGAAGAGGCAGGUGGAUGAGGCUGUGUGGUACUUUCUCCUGACCGGAGGCGUGGCCCUGGACAACCCCUUCACCAACCCCGCGCCCGAUUGGCUGUCUGAGAAGGCGUGGGCAGAAGUGGUGCGGGCCUCGGCGCUGCCAAAACUGAGAGGCCUGAUGGAGCACAUGGCACAGUACCCGGAUGCAUGGAAGGUCAUCUAUGACUCGGCCUUUCCCCACAAGGAGAAGUUCCCUGGGCCUUCAAAGUUCCUGCAGGGGCUGGAGCGGAUGGUGGUCCUUCGCUGUCUGCGGCCUGAUAAGAUGAUCCCAGCUGUUAGGGAAUUCAUUGCUGAGCACAUGGGCAGCCUGUACAUCGAGGCCCCGACCUUUGACCUCCAGGGCUCCUACAAUGACUCCAGCUGUUGUGCGCCACUGAUUUUUGUGUUGUCUCCGGGCGCCGACCCGAUGGCAGGACUGCUGAAGUUUGCUGACGAUCUCGGCAUGGGAGGUGCCAAAACACAGACCAUCUCCCUCGGCCAAGGCCAAGGCCCUAUUGCGGCCAAAAUGAUCCACACCGCCAUCAAAGAUGGGACGUGGGUGAUCUUACAGAACUGCCAUCUGGCCACGAGCUGGAUGCCCGCGCUGGAGAAGAUCUGUGAGGAGGUGAUUGUUCCCGAGGCCACCAACCGCAGAUUCAGACUCUGGCUAACCAGCUAUCCAUCGGAGAAGUUUCCAGUCAGCAUCCUGCAGAACGGGAUCAAAAUGACCAAUGAGCCCCCCAAAGGGCUCCGCGCCAACCUGUUGCGCUCCUACCUCAAUGACCCCAUCUCGGACCCCAUGUUCUUCCAAAGCUGCACGAAGGCCGUGAUGUGGCAGAAGCUGCUGUUUGGUCUUUGCUUCUUCCAUGCCAUCGUUCAAGAGAGGAGGAACUUUGGACCUCUAGGUUGGAAUAUCCCUUAUGAAUUCAAUGAAUCCGACCUGAGGAUUAGUAUGCGGCAGACGCAGAUGUUUCUGAACGACUACAAGGAGGUGCCAUUCGAUGCCUUGACCUACCUGACAGGGGAGUGUAAUUAUGGAGGCAGAGUGACCGAUGACAAAGACAGACGUCUCCUGCUGUCCCUUCUGUCCACGUUCUACUGUAAGGAAAUCGAGCAGGACCAUUACUUUGUGGCUCCUGGAGAUACCUACUACAUCCCUCCCCAUGGCUCCUACCAGUCCUAUAUCGACUAUCUCAGGACCCUCCCCAUCACAGCCCACCCAGAAGUGUUCGGCCUCCAUGAGAAUGCUGACAUCACCAAGGACAACCAGGAAACCAACCAGCUGUUUCAAGGGGUGCUGCUGACCCUGCCCAGACAGUCGGGAGGGAGCGGCAAGUCUCCUCAGGAAGUGAUUGAGGAGCUGGCCCAGGACAUACUCUCCAAGCUUCCCAGCGACUUUGACCUGGAUGUGGUCAUGAAGCUGUACCCCAUGGUCUAUGAGGAAUCCAUGAACACGGUCCUGAGGCAGGAGCUCAUCAGGUUCAACAGGCUGACCAAAGUGGUUCGCAGAAGCCUCAUCAAUCUUGGCCGAGCCAUUAAAGGGCAGGUCCUGAUGUCCUCCGAGCUAGAGGAUGUCUUCAAUAGCAUGCUCGUGGGUAAAGUGCCAGCCAUGUGGAUGGCCAAGUCCUACCCAUCGCUGAAGCCCCUGGGGGGCUAUGUGGCUGACCUGCUGGCCCGCCUGGCCUUCUUCCAGGAAUGGAUUGACAAUGGGCCCCCUGUGGUCUUUUGGCUCUCUGGAUUCUACUUCACACAGUCCUUUUUGACGGGUGUCUCUCAGAAUUAUGCCCGGAAAUACACCAUCCCCAUCGACCACAUCGGAUUUGAGUUUGAGGUAACCACACAAGAAACGGUCAUGGAGAGAAACCCAGAAGAUGGGGCCUACAUAAAAGGACUCUUCCUAGAAGGUGCCCGUUGGGACAGGAAAAGGAUGCAGCUUGGGGAGUCUCUCCCCAAAAUCCUGUAUGACUCACUGCCCAUCAUUUGGCUGAAACCUGGGGAAAGUGCGACAUUUUUGCAUCAGAACAUUUAUGUGUGUCCGGUGUAUAAAACAAGUGCCCGGAGAGGCACCCUCUCCACCACGGGCCACUCCACCAACUACGUUCUCUCCAUCGAACUUCCGACGGACAGGCCCCAGAAGCACUGGAUAAACCGAGGGGUAGCCAGUCUCUGCCAGCUGGAUAACUGAAGGCGUCUGUCUCAGCACCGCAAAUAAACGGCAUCUCUUUCUCCACUA